UCUGUAUGCGGUGCACGUGAGCUCCUUCUCUUCAUACAGACUAAGCAGCGAACAAUAACAAAUCGCUAUGGGUAAUAAAGUUGCAACGUUCACCGAACAACAAUUGGAUGACUAUCAGGAUUGUACAUUUUUUACGCGCAAGGAAAUUUUACGCGUUCACAAGCGCUUUCGCGAACUCCGUCCGGAUUUGGUGCCACGCCAAAUGACCGAGGGCCAAGCGUCCAGUGUCAAGGUGCCGUGCGAGUGUAUUGAGAAGAUGCCCGAAUUGCGCGAGAACCCUUUCUGUCGACGCAUCUGUGAGGCAUUCUCACGCGAUGGCCAAGGCAAUUUAUCCUUUGAAGAUUUCCUGGACGCAUUGUCCGUGUUUAGCGAGCAGGCGCCAAGAGAUAUUAAAGUUUUUUAUGCAUUCAAAAUUUACGAUUUCGAUCAGGAUGGCUUCAUUGGACAUGGCGACCUCAUGUCUUGUCUAACUACGAUGACUAAAAACGAGCUGAGUCCGGAAGAGCAUCAACAGAUUGCCGAUAAGGUUAUGGAGGAGGCGGAUGUGGAUGGCGACGGGAAAUUGUCGUUUCUAGAAUUCGAACAUGUCAUACUCCGAGCACCGGAUUUCCUAUCCACAUUUCGCAUACGCAUCUAAUAUACAAUAAAUAUAUGUAUAUACACUUGUGUAAAUGUGACUACGAGACUUUAUUGUACACAUAUUUGCGUACCCAUACAUACUCGUAUCGCCUCCAAGUGUAUUUGAGUACUACUUUUUGUUUACAUUCUAGUUGUCUGCAGAAAUAAAGCUGUCUAUGUCAAUGAUUUCAAUUGCAUUUGAGUCGAGAAUCUGUCCUCUAUAUUUCAAAUUGGAUGAUUGACUUCAAAUAGACUGCAAUUGCUCAGGUGACACUUGUGAGUGAUCUCAUACAUAUACAUACAUAUAUUACUUUGAAUUACACACAC